AUGGCCGAGGUGCAGCAUGAUAACAGUGCAGAGCAUGUUGUCUCGGAAAAAAAAGACUUGAGUGCUAGCGAUGAUGUACCAGAUUCAUUUGGUACUAUGACAAAGGAUGACAAGCGCGCAUUCAUUUUGCUUGUGGUCCUGUAUGCGUUACAAGGCAUUCCGGUUGGUCUGACAUUCGGAACAAUGCCCUUUCUGCUCAAGUCGCAUGUAGGCUAUGGCGGACUGGGUUUUUUCAUGCUCAGCACGUACCCUUACUCGAUCAAGCUAUUGUGGAGUCCUAUUGUCGACAGCUAUUUUGUCAGUUCAUGGCGUAUUCCUUGCACGAAGUGGGAGCUGUAUCUGGGCCGGCGAAAAAGCUGGAUCGUACCUGUGCAGAUAAUUGUUGGACUGACAUUUAUUGCAUUGGCUAAGAAUAUUGACGCCCUUAUGGAACGCGCAGAUACCUUGAUUAGCCUUAUCACAUGUGUGUUCUUUGCCUUGAUUUCACUGGCAGCGACGCAGGACAUUGCUGUCGAUGGUUGGGCCCUCACGCUGCUAUCGAAGAAUAGCUUAGGAUAUGCUUCAACGGCUCAAACUAUCGGCGUUAACCUCGGCUACUUUAUGAGCUUCACCGUAUUUCUCGCACUGAAUAGUGUAGAAGCCUGCAACAAAUAUCUUCGCUGGACUCCCAAAAAUACGCCCAUUCUUACUUUGUCUGGAUACCUGCAGAUGUGUGGUGUGGCAUUUAUUUGUGUAACACUGUGGCUCUUGUUUUAUCAAAAGGAAGCAAAGGAAAGUGAACGCAUGGAGAUUCGCGAAGCAUACUCUACGAUUUGGCAGAUUUGCCAACUCCGACAUGUACAGUUGUUUUUAAUUGUUCAUAUGAUCUGCAAGAUUGGAUACCAAGCGAAUGAUGCAGUAACCGGGCUCAAACUUGUAGAGCGCGGACUUGGCAAAGAAGACCUGGCGUUUGCCGUGCUUGUCGAUUUUCCAUUCCAGCUUUUAUUCGGUUAUUUGACCGCCACUUGGUCUCGUGGCGAUAAGGCACUGCAGCCUUGGAUGGUAGCUAUGGUGUUUAAAUUGCUAUUUGCUGCCAUGAGCAUGGGUGUGGUGGCCGGUAUGUCAGCGGAUGGCAGUGAACCGAUCACGACAUCGUACUUUCUACUGAUUUUGUUCUCUACAAUUCUCAACAGUUUUGCCAGUACGGUUCAAUUUGUGGGAAUUACCGCAUUUCACACACAAGUGGCUGAUCCAGUAAUGGGUGGCACGUAUAUGACGCUGCUUAAUACCAUCAGCAAUCUGGGCGGAACGUGGCCAAGGUAUUUUGUUCUCAAAAUGGUUGACUUCUUUACGGUUUCGAUGUGCCGGCCGCCGCUAGACGUGGAUUUCAACAAGAUUGAAAAAAUGCUCCAUAUGUCCAAUGCUUCGCUAUCGCUUGGCGAAUGUAAGUCAGAGGCUGGCUUGGAGCAUUGCAGCAAAAUAGGUGGUACGUGCGCCACCAUUCGCGAUGGCUACUUCGCUACGAGCACGAUAUGUAUCGCACUGGGCGUGGUGACAUUUGUAUUCUUCAUUGUACCUAUCUGCCGUCGCCUCCAACGCAUAGCCCCAAGUGAGUGGCACGUUGUGUCGCACGCGCAGAAAAAGCAUUAG